AUGAGUGAUUAUUUCAACAAAGGAUUAACUUCUCACUGUGAACACAGUCAGAGCAGGGCGAGUGUCAAGCGAGCCUCUGGAUACUCAUCACUCUUUCUGUCCCAGGAUGUCUCUCGUCUGGGGGUCCUCUCUCAAGUCUUCAGCUGGACGGGCCUCUUUCAGGUCCUGUUGGUGCUCAGUGCAGGACUGGGAGCUGUGGUUGCACUUUGGACGGUGAAGCUGCUGGUGCGACAUGCCUGGUACACACACAGGCUGUCCUGCUUCAGCAAGCCACAUGCAAACUCCUGGCUGUUAGGCCACCUGGGCCAGAUGCAGAGCACAGAAGAAGGUCUCCUGCAGGUGGAUUACUUGGUGCGGAUGUACAAACACUCUUGCAGCUGGUUCCUCGGGCCUUUCUAUCACCUGGUCAGACUCUUCCACCCUGACUACGUCAAACCUCUGCUGACGGCACCUGCCAGCAUUACAAUGAAAGAUGAGCUCAUCUAUGGUCAUCUGCGUCCAUGGCUUGGGCAGAGCCUGUUGCUAAGCAACGGGGAGGAAUGGUCCCGCAGGAGACGGCUGCUGACUCCAGCUUUUCAUUUUGACAUCCUGCAGAAUUACGUUGCCAAAUUCAACACCUCGAUCAACACCAUGCAUGAUAAGUGGCACAACUUGGUCGCAAAGGGCACGACUACGUUAGAGAUGUUUGACCAUGUCACUCUGAUGACACUGGACAGUUUACUGAAAUGUGCCUUUAGCUACGACAGCAACUGUCAGAGGUCUACCAGUGAGUACGUGUCAGCCAUAGUGGAGCUGAGUGACCUGAUAAUAGACCGUCGGCAAAAUAUUUUGCACCACUGGGACUGGUUUUACUGGAAAACACAGCAGGGGAAACAAUUCAAGAAGGCCCUAAGCAUUGUGCACAGGUUUACCAGGGAGGUGGUUCAGAAGCGCAGAGCUCUGAUCAGCCAACAAAAGAAGACAGAAACUGAAUUCUCCAAAGCACCAAAGAGAAAGAAAGAUUUUGUGGACAUCAUACUGCUCUCAAAGGAUGAAGAUGGACGAGGCCUAACAGAUGAGGAGAUCCAGGCAGAGGCCAACACCUUCAUGUUUGCAGGUCACGACACAACAGCCAGUGCCAUUUGCUGGACGCUGUAUAAUUUAGCGCGCCACGACCACUAUCAGGAGAAAUGCAGACAGGAAGUGAUGGAUCUGAUGCAAGGACGAGACCGACAUGAGAUAGAGUGGGAGGAUCUGUCCAACCUUCCCUUCACCACCAUGUGCAUUAGAGAGUCUCUCCGUCUGCACGCUCCUGUGCAAGCUGUAACAAGGAAGUACACCCAGGACAUGGUACUGCCGGGGGAUCGGACGGUACCAAAGGGUGCCAUCUGUUUGGUCAGUAUUUAUGGGACACACCACAACCCUGCUGUUUGGACAGACCCUCAUGAGUUUCAACCCCAGCGUUUUGACCCUUCAUACACAGAUGAACGGUCUUCUCAUGCCUUCAUCCCCUUCUCCUCGGGCCCCAGGAACUGCAUCGGGCAGAAAUUCGCCCUGGCAGAGCUUCGAGUCGUCGUGGCGUUGACCCUGCUCAGGUUUAGCCUGACCCCGGGGGUGAACCCUGAACUUGGGACCAAGUCUGAAGGAGUUCGCCGUCUCCCCCAACUCGUCCUGCGUGCAGAGGGGGGUUUGUGGCUGCAGCUGGAGCCUCUGAUCCCGCACAACCUGGAGGAAUCGCAGGAUGAAUGACACCUGGCCUCCCACCAAGAAUUUGGAUUUUCUGUUUCCUGUUUCUAAAUCUAUUUGUGACAUUUGUUAGGCUUCAUGAUUCUUAUAUUCUCUCUUGAAAAAUGUAUUUAAUUCAUCAUUUGUAAUAGAAUUGGAAAGUAAAAUGUAAUAUACUUUUGCAACAAGUAUUAUUGUUCUAAUGAAAUGAUUGUUGACUGUAUUAAGUUAG